AUGAGUUGGAAAGGCCUAACAAAGACCGUUACCCGGGGCGAAAUCACAAAGGACCCCAUCUACAUCGAUGCAGAACGUCGCUUCCAAGAGCUGGAGAAGGAGACGAAGAAGCUCCAUGAGGAGUCUAAGAAGUAUUUUGAAGCCAUAAAUGGCAUGCUCUCACAUCAGAUGGAGUUCUCCAAGGCCAUCGCCGAAAUCUAUAAGCCCAUUUCCGGCCGAAUGUCAGAUCCCGAUUCGUUCCACGACGAAGGCAACACGGCAGGCAUAGAAGCAUGCGAAGAAUACGAGUCGGUCGUUAAGGAACUACAAGAGACUCUUAAGCCCGAGCUUGAGAUGAUAGAGUCCCGGGUCAUUCGUCCGGCGGACGAGCUGCUAGUCAUUAUCAAGGCCGUACGAAAGAUCGCCGCCAAGCGCGACCACAAGCAACUCGACUAUGACAGGCAUCGCGCUACGUACAAGAAGCUCGAGGAGAAGAAGGACAAGACACUCAAGGACGAGAAGGCCAUGUACAAAGCUGAGAACGACGUAGAACUCGCGACGCAGGACUACAACUACUUCAACGAUUUGCUAAAAGACGAGCUACCGAAGCUGUUCGCACUGGAGAGAGAGUUCAUCAAGCCUCUGUUCCAGUCCUUCUACUAUAUGCAGCUGAAUGUUUUCUACACAUUACACGAGCGCAUGCAACGGCUUGAUAUCGGCUACUUCGAUCUUACACUAGAUAUUGAGGCCGCCUACCAGAAGAAGCGCGGCGACACACAGGAAGAAGCAGAGAAGAUUUCUAUCGUCAAGUUCAAGACUACAGGUGGCGCUCGUGUCGCUGGUGCACGACCGGGGCAGUCAAAGUACGCAACGAAAGCACUUGAAGCCAAGGCAGGCCGAAGCUCGAUAUCGGAAGACACAGAAACACCUCCACCACCUUACUCUGCUGGGCCUUCUGCAGCUGCUGUUGGAGAUGUUAAAUCGCCAACCCUGUCGACAGGAUCAUGGGGUUCUGCUGCCAAAGCCAAAGGCGCUCCUCCGCCACCCAAGCCUAAGCCUUCACGCCUCAGCGGCGUACCCGCGACAGAAACCGUUACAGCUCUCUACGACUACGAGGCACAAGCGGAAGGCGAUCUUAGUUUCUUGACUGGCGACGUAAUAGAAAUCGUCUCAAGGACGCAAAACGACAAUGAAUGGUGGAUUGGAAAGGUACGGGGGAAGCAGGGACAAUUCCCAGGCAAUUACGUCAAACUGAACCAAUAG